AAAAAUUGUCCAGUUAAGAGUGCCGCAGAAGCAUAAUAAUAUAAUACAAACGAGGCUCGAGCGUAAAACUACUGCUGCUGCUGCCUGCUGCCUCCGCAGUUAUCGGCUGAAUUCUUACCCAUCGGUUGUUGUUUUUGUUUUCAAGUGUGUGCGUGUGACCUGUGUUUUGCGCAGUGAUUGUAAAUGUCAUUAUAAGUAUUCCCAUUAAUACCACUGGCACACAUUGACACGGACGUUAACAUUACAUGUAUACACAUAUAUGAUACACAAAUCGUGUCGGUCGAAACAGCAGCAGCAGCAGCAGCACAGACGGAGCGCGACAUAACAAUAAUAUCACGCACGAUGACGGAUCCACAAGUCAUAGCCGCCGGCAGCAUAGACGGCCUCUGGCCCUUUCUUCAGAGCAUCGAAUGGAGGGACCCAUGGCUCAUGUUAUUAGUUGUAUUUCACAUAGGUAUCACUAUGACUGCAUUGUUAACUAGAAAUUACGCAAACUUCCAGAUCUUAUUAUUCCUAGUUCUAUUAUUGUUAGUGUACUUUUCUGAAAGCCUAAAUGAGAUAGCUGCCUCCAAUUGGAUGGUAUUUUCUAGGCAGCAAUACUUUGAUUCUAAAGGGUUAUUCAUAUCAAUAGUUUUUUCCGUGCCUCUGUUGAUGAUCUGUAUGAUCAUGGUGGCAAGCUGGCUGUACCAAUCGAGUCAAUUAAUGACCAGUCUCAAAAGAGCUCAAUUGCGCCAACAGCAAGCAAAAAAUAAAGUCACAGGAGCAAACAAAGAAAAAUUGAGUGGAACAACUGAAGCUUCUAGUACAAAAGACAAGAAAAAUGAUUGAAGAAAAACUAGUCGACUCUGAUUUAAUACCACUUUGUUGACUUUUGCAACAAUGAAACAUUGCAAACAGACUAAUAACAACGUUGUUUUGCUUAAAUCAAUAGAAAUUAAUCUUAAUAUAGCUUUUUAUGAAGAGGAAAAUAUUCAUAUUAAUUCAUGAAAAAGCUCUUUGUGAUGAGUAGUGCUUUGUAAAUUUUAAAAGCUACAUACAUAUUCAAGAUUGAAAAGUGAUAACAGGAACUUUUAUUACUGUAGUUUUUUUAAAAUAAUUUCACGAAAAACGAAUUGUAUUAUCCUUAAGUCUAUUUAAAAACUCUAAAAUCUUGAGGUAGAGAGAGAUCUGUGGCUUGUUAAAUUUUCUAGAUAUUCUUUUAGAAUUUUUAAUGGAGGAUUUUAUAUAUUUCUUUUAAUUAACACAGUGUUAGUUAACCAUAUUCAUUUAUCAAGAUAUUUUUAUAUUCUUGAGUUUAUGCAAUAAAAUUUAUUUCAUCAUUUUCAUGAAAUGCAACUACAA